GGAGAGCCCAGGAUCAUUCUUUGGCAUCUUGGUGUCACCGGUGCUCCAUGUUUGCGGAAUGAAUGAAUCAUUACUCUCCUUGUCCCCUUCUGAAGGAGGACUUUUUGAGGUCCACGUGCUGCAGAGCACGUUGGGGGGGGGGGGUGGCUCCUGAACUAGGGCUCCCCAGUCCUGCGUAGUAGAAACCCGACUCCCGUUUCUCCAGCUCCUCUCUAACACUCCAUUCUGGGGGAGGCUCCCUUCAGUUUGGGACUUGGGGGUGGUGGGGAAGGAGGGAGCUCGUAGGCCCAGCCAGGUACUUGUUGAAGGUGUGACAAGGGACUUGGAGGUGAACGAGGGACUUGUGAAGGCCAAGGGACCGGACCACGACCUCUUAGAAGGUAACAGGGCACAGGGGAUGCUGCAGAGGAGAGCACCCACUGUCGGGCAGAGGCCACUUUGUACCUUUGAGACCAGCCUGGAAGGGCCACCAGAGCAUGGAUUCUGACCGGCAAGCUGCUGAACUCCUCCAAGCCUGUUUCUUGAUCAGGCUUCAUCAGGCUAAAACGGGGAUAUUAGUAUCCAUUUCUCAGAGCUUUGUGCAGAUUAAGAAAAAUGUCAUAUGAAACCACCCAGCAUAAUGCUUGGCACAUCGGGGGUACUAGCAACUCUUAGUCUUCCUUUGCUCUCUGACAAAAGGGAGCAGUUACUUGUUCCCAACCCCUCUGUCCCCAGAUUGAUCACGGACAGACACAGCAGACGUGUAAUCACUGUUCGUUGAAUGAACAUGCUUGACGGAGCUACAGCGCUUACCUUCCUUCUCCCAGGAUCCCCAGGCGGAGCUCAGGAGCUGACCAGCACAGACAUGCCAGUGUUGUCUGAGGAUUCCGGUUUGCACGAAACCCUGGCACUGUUGACUUCUCAGCUCAGACCUGACUCCAACCACAAGGAAGAGAUGGGCUUCUUGAGGGAUGUGUUCAGUGAAAAAAGCCUCAGUUACUUAAUGAAGAUUCACGAGAAGCUGCGCUAUUACGAGAGGCAAAGUCCAACCCCAGUUCUGCACAGCGCUGUGGCCCUUGCUGAGGAUGUGAUAGAAGAGCUGCAGGCCGCCUCCGUGCACAGUGAGGAGAGGGAGCUGCUCCAGCUGCUGUCCACCCCCCACCUCAAGGCCAUGCUCAUGGUGCACGAUACGGUUGCCCAAAAGAACUUCGACCCUGUUCUUCCCCCUCUGCCCGAGAAUAUUGAUGAGGAUUUUGACGAAGAAUCAGUGAAGAUUGUCCGCCUGGUGAAGAACAAGGAGCCCCUGGGUGCCACCAUCCGGCGGGAUGAGCACUCAGGGGCUGUUGUGGUGGCCCGGAUCAUGCGAGGGGGCGCAGCAGACCGGAGCGGUCUGGUCCACGUUGGAGAUGAGCUCCGAGAAGUGAACGGGAUCACAGUCCUGCAUAAGCGCCCGGACGAGAUCAGCCAGAUUCUGGCGCAGUCCCAGGGAUCCAUUACCCUGAAAAUCAUCCCAGCCACCCAGGAGGAGGGCCGGUUAAAGGACAGCAAGGUGUUCAUGCGGGCUCUUUUCCACUACAACCCUCGGGAGGACCGGGCCAUUCCCUGCCAGGAGGCAGGCCUGCCUUUCCAGCGCAGGCAGGUCCUGGAGGUGGUGAGCCAGGAUGAUCCCACGUGGUGGCAGGCCAAGCGAGUAGGGGACACCAACCUCCGGGCCGGUCUCAUCCCCUCCAAGCAGUUCCAGGAAAGGCGGCUAAGCUACCGGAGAGCCACAGGCACCCUGCCGAGCCCACAGAGCCUCAGGAAGCCCCCCUAUGAUCAGCCUUGUGACAAAGAGACGUCUGACUGUGAGGGGUACCUCAAAGGGCACUAUGUGGCUGGUCUUCGGAGAAGCUUCCGGCUGGGCCGAAGGGAGAGACUGGGAAGCCCCCAGGAGGGAAAGGUGUCCGCAGUAGCCGAGUCUCCAGAGCUGCUGACCUAUGAGGAGGUGACCAGGUACCAGCACCAGCCUGGUGAGCGGCCCCGCCUGGUGGUUCUGAUUGGAUCUCUGGGAGCCCGACUGCACGAGCUGAAGCAGAAGGUGGUGGCAGAGAACCCACAGCACUUUGGUGUUGCUGUUCCACAUACCACCAGGCCCCGAAAGAGCCACGAGCAGGAGGGCGUGGAAUAUCACUUCGUCUCUAAGCAAGCAUUCGAGGCCGACUUACAUCAUAACAAGUUCCUGGAGCAUGGUGAAUAUAAGGAAAAUCUCUAUGGAACCAGCCUGGACGCCAUUCAGGCCGUGAUGGCCAGAAACAAAGUGUGUUUGGUGGACGUGGAGCCGGACGCACUGCAACAACUGAGGACCUCAGCGUUCAAGCCCUAUGUUAUAUUUGUAAAGCCUGCAAUACAGGAAAAAAGGAAGACGCCACCUACAUCCCCAGCUUGUGAGGACACAGCAGCCCCACUUGAUGAACAGCAGCGGGAGAUGGCCGCUUCCGCCGCCUUCAUAGACCAGCACUACGGGCACCUGGUGGACUCUGUGUUGGUGAAGGAGGACCUCCAGAGCGCACACAGCCAGCUCAGAGCGCUCCUAGAGAAGCUGACCAAGGACACUCACUGGGUACCUGUUAGUUGGGUCAGGUAACUGUAUCCUAGAACGGCCGGGUCGGAGGGGACCUGGAACACCACCUAGUCCGGCCUCCCCCGGGCCAACCAUCAAGCAACCUCAAGUGUGGAGAGGAGCAGAAUUUUCCAUAAACUCCAUUGGCGAGAAGA